GAGUGACACGACCAUCAUAUUUCCUUUUUCAGAGUUCAUUUAUGAGGAUUAUGGGUUUAAGGGCGUUUGGGAGGAAGGUAUGACAGCAGGAGAGCAUGCACGCCGUCAAGGCUUUUACGUUCGGACUGGAUGGCGUUAUGGGGUUCACGGUUCAUGUCACGCCGCUCAAUGUCUUGCUUGCAUGCCCAUGUGUUUAGCUUUUCUAAUGAUAUAUAUGCCCUCUUACCUACUUCUCGUGACGAUAUUCCUCAACUGUCUACGUUAUCACGCGAAUCCACGAGAAGAGAAUCCAUGUGAUUUCUGUGCAGUUGAUUCAACGUGUAUUCACGGGACUAGAGGGAAUUCGACUUGGUGGCAGCGAGGCAAGCUAUAGCGCUGAAACAAAUGCGUGCUCGUGUAUACCACCCGCAUAUUUGGCAUUCUUUCUUCUAGGGCGUGCAAACCCAACUCAGACUAUCAUAGGCAUGCAGGAUAAAGCUAGGUUCUGUGAAGGGUUUAUUGCUGUUACCGUAUAGUACG